GUCGGACACGACCUUCGUGUGUGAAAUACACAAAUUUCAAUAGUGAAAUUAAACUUUCACUAUUGAAAGAAAGGAGUCGAGAAAGCAAACUCGAAAUUGGAAAACUUUGUAUUUAGCCAACACCCUGGGUAAGGGAAAGUGGCAUCUACGAAAAUACGAAACCCCAGCCAGACACGGAGGUCGUGCCUCAGGCGCAAGGUUUCCAGGGCGCACGCGCAGAAUCUCACCUGGCGCCCCUAUCUUUCUUUCUUCCCCCGGACAAUGUUAUCGCGAGUCUUGGGAUCAACUUGUGGUGAUUGCGGAGGCAAAGUUAUCGCGAGAAGUAAUUGGUUGCUAUAGUUGCGAAAAACGCUUCUGCGGCUGUUCGCUUAACCCACAGGCCGCAUCUCUGCACGAUUGUACUCGCAUACAGACCUGAAAGCUGCCGACCCCGCUAGGCCCCCGACUCUCCCGCCAGGCCCAGGCCUCCCACUCAAAGCCAGACUCAGAACCCACUUCCCGGUUUGCGCCGAGAUUCCCCCACAAGAUAAGCGCACACUGGGCUUCUGUCUCCAGACCACCGCCAGUAACAUCAUCUUUCAUAGCUCGAAGAAGACCAGAGAGACUUUGCCCAGGCGCCGAUAUGGAGCAGGUGUCAUCAACAGGCAGACCUGUGCAGAUCACUGUGACAGAGGGAUAUGACUUGAAAGGUUUUAAAGGAGAUACUUCAGUUACCUUUAUUCGUGCAGAAUUCAAUCAAGUGGUUCUGGGAGACUCUGCAAAAAUUACUGUUUCUCCCGAAGGAACUGCAAAAUACAACUUCACUUGCAGCUUUGAGUUCAAUCCUGAAGGAGGAGGAAUCGCUUUAGAUGACCUCGCCCACAAACCUGUGUUCUUAACAGUGACUGAAGUUUUACCAAAGGAAAAGAAACAGAAAGAGGAGAAGACCAUGGUUCUUGGUCAAGCUGUGGUGGACCUUCUUCCUCUACUGGAAGGAGAAAGUUCGUUUGAAACAAUGGUACCACUGCACCCUGUGCCAGGUUCGCCCAUAGAACCUUUUCGAUCAGGUGUUAAGCAGUGCAGCCUUGAAGUUAAAGUAUUUGUCGCGGAGCCCUUAUUGACCCCAGCCCAGAUCUCAGGAGGCAAUCUUCUGAAGGUCACAUUGGAGGCUGCCUACUGUGUGCCUGAAUCCUUCAUUCCAAUAGGGCCGCUGCAGAACUACAUGGUUGGUAUGCAAGUUCCGUCAGCUGGAGAGAAGGACUAUCCCAUCUUCUUCAAGAAUGGAACUCUGAAGCUUGGAGGGGAAAGAGAACCUGUUCCUAGGCCCAAAAAAUGGCCUAUUCCCAACAUUCUGGCUCCCGGAGCUAACAACAUUCCUGAUAGUUUCAUCGUUGGUGGUCCUUAUGAGGAAGAAGAAGGGGAACUCAACCACCCUGAGGAUAGGGAAUUUAGGAACCAAGCAGAAUGCAUGAAGAAAAGGAUUACUUGGGACUUGGAAAGUCGCUGCUACCUUGAUCCUCCUGCAGUGGUCAGCUUUCAGAAACGAAUUGCUGAUCGCCGAUUUUGGCCUGUAGAAAUCACAAGGGUUCCUCUGGUUGCUGUGCCCAAAGGGAAAUCUGCUAAAUUCGAAAAGACUGAUGAUGAAGGUCAGUUUUCAUUUCAUGGUGUGGCUUAUGUUAAUAUGGUGCCAUUGCUGUAUCCAGGUGUAAAGAAGAUUCGGGGAGCUUUUCAUGUUUACCCUUACCUAGAUAGUACAGUCUAUGAAAAGACCAAGUGUUUAUUUAGCUUGUUCCGGGAUACUGGCCAUAAUUUGAUUCAGAAUAAUAAAGUAGGAGGAAUUAAUUCUCCAGUGUCUAAACCAGUUGUUUCUAAGAACCUGAAAGAGGAUAAAACAGUCAAAGAAAAGGAUAUGGAAGGAAAGCCUAGGCCUGGGGAUGUGCAAGCAUCUAGUAUAAAAUCUCAGAGCUCAGAUACUCCUUUGGAAAUGGAACCCUCCCUUUGCAACAAUCCAGAAGGACAGCAAUAUGUAGAAGCAGGGACUUACAUUGUGUUGGAGAUUGAACUGGACAAAGCCUUGGUUCCGAAGAGAAUGCCAGAGGAACUAGCCAGAAGGGUCAAGGAAAUGAUUCCUCCAAGGCCACCUCUUACCCGUAGGACAGGAGGAGCUCAGAAGGCGGUGAGUGACUACCACAUGCAGAUCAAGAACAUUUCUAGAGCCAUUCUGAAUGAAUAUCACAAUAUGUUUGGGAAACAAGUAGUCAAGACUGGUAAUGAUAUAGACAGUGAAACCCUGGAGGAGCAGAAGUGCCAGCUCAGCUAUGAACUUAAUUGCUCUGGAAAAUACUUUGCUUUUAAAGAACAACUCAAGCAUGCUGUGGUAAAGAUUGUGAGAGAGAAGUACUUGAAGACAACAUCAUUUGAAAGCCAAGAGGAGCUGCAGAAAUUUAUCAGUGAGCUGUAUGUUUUCUUGGUGGAUCAGAUGCAUGUGGCCUUAAACCAGACCAUGCCAGAUGAUGUCCAAGGCACCCCUCCAGCCAUUUAUACAAGCAGUGAGCAGCUUCGACUCUUUGCAUUUGAAGCAGAAGUCAAUGAGAACUAUGAAAUGGCAGCAGUGUGCUAUGAAGAGAGGUUAGUUCGUGAGCCCCAGAACCUGGAGCACUGGCUGGACUAUGGUGCCUUCUGCCUCCUAACUGAAGACAAUAUCAAAGCACAGGAGUGUUUUCGAAAAGCCCUUUCCCUGAACCAGAAUCAUAUCCAGAGCUUGUUGCUGUGUGGUGUCCUGGCUGUCCUGAUGGAGAACUAUGAGCAGGCAGAAGUUUUCUUUGAAGAUGCUACUUGCUUGGAACCAACCAAUGUUGUAGCCUGGACUUUACUUGGCUUGUACUAUGAAAUUCAAAAUAACGAUAUUCGAAUGGAAAUGGCAUUUCGUGAAGCCUCCAAACAGCUUCAGGCACGAGUUCUUCAGGCACAAGUCACGAAGCAGAAGAGCAUCGGUACUGUAGAGUAUGUUGAAGAAGGAGGGAAAGCAGAAUCCAGCUUAGGUCCUUGGGGAGUUACCAAUGGCUCUUCUACAGCAGCCCUCAAAAUGGAAGCCCCCACAGGACUAGGAGCUCCAUUAUCCAUUCUAGAUGAAUUUCUUGAUGAAUCCUCUCAACUGCAGUCUGAUUCACAUGAACCCAUUUUGUCUGUACAAUCUCAGGAUCCGGCUACCAGCCAAAAAGCAUCCAACAUAUUUAUCAAGGAGACAGGAUCAAAAAAAGAAGCCCUAAAAUCUCAAGAGUCAUCAACUUGUCUGCAUUCCACCCCUUAUAGCGUUUCCCAAACUCCUACCACCAUUUUCAUGGAGACCAUACGCUUCUUGAUGAAAGUCAAUGCUGUGCAGUAUGUACACAGAGUGCUUGCCCAUGAGCUACUGUGCCCUCAUGGAGGCCCCAGCUGUGAGUAUUAUUUGGUGCUGGCCCAAACACACCUUCUCAAGAAGGACUUUGCUAAAGCAGAGGAAUACCUUCAACAAGCAGCCCAGAUGGACUACCUGAACCCUAAUGUCUGGGGCAUGAAGGGUCAUCUCUAUUUUCUGAGUGGAAAUCAUGUGGAGGCCAAGGCAUGCUAUGAGCGAACCAUCAGUUUUGUAGUGGAUGCUUCUGAAAUGCACUUUAUCUUCCUGCGCCUGGGGCAAAUAUACCUGGAAGAGAAAGAGUAUGAAAAGGCAAAGAAAACCUACUUGCAAGCCUGUAAGAGAUCACCUUCAUGCCUUACCUGGCUUGGACUGGGAAUCGCCUGUUAUCGGCUGGAGGAGCUCACAGAGGCUGAGGAUGCUCUCUCCGAAGCCAAUGCUUUGAACAACUACAAUGCUGAAGUGUGGGCAUAUCUGGCUCUGGUCUGCCUGAAAGCUGGACGGCAACUGGAAGCUGAGCAGGCCUACAAGUACACGAUGAAGUUAAAAUUGAAAGAUGAGAAUCUGCUUGCAGAGCUCCACAUGGUUCAGGAGACGGUUGGCUUUGGAAAUCCAUCUUUCUGACAUCCUUCUACCUGAAGAAUUUUCUGUAUGGGAUGCUGAGCCCCUUUCUUUCCGAGAGAAAUUAAACCCUGGAUGUUUUACCAGAAUAAAGACUGGGGAUAAAGAAAGAAAGGAUCAUCAAUAUAACUGAUACCCAUUCAUUUAUUUCCAUUGUUUUACUGAAUGGCUAUUGUUACUGGAUGUUUCACUGUUUGACAGUUAACUGGAUGGCAAUAAAAAAAAAAAUCUAAAUAAAAAACUCAGAAUUCAUCAGUUAUGGUAUGCUGAGAUAUACAUAAGAAUAUAACUAUUUGUGUGUGUGUGUAUAAGUAAGGUAUAGUAUGUUCAUUAUUAGUUUCAGGUGAAAGCUUAUCAGAAUUACUCCUGUAGGAAGUCAACUGCUAAGAUCUGUGACCAGGUUCACUUACUGGAACUUAGGAAUUAAGGCAUCAUUUUCUAAGGUGGGUGGAAAGGAAGAAUGCUGUGCUGGGUCACUGCAUUAGGACAAAGAGCACAUGAGUUGUGCCCAGAUCUAACAGUGAACAGAAGGGCUGAAUCUAGUGGUCUUUGCUUACAGUAUCUUCAUGGAUGUAAAUCACAAGGGCUCCAUGAAGGAUCCAUUACUCUAUAACAGAUAUAAAACUCCUCACAAUUGAGGCUGUUAUUCUAGGGCUAGAAAUGACAAAGGAACCAUACCUCACCCUUGUCCUCUUGGAUCAGUGCACAGCAAAACCAAAGAUAAAGGCUUCCUGUCUUUAUUUUUUAAAGGAGGACACAGAGAAUAAGAGGGACAUGGAAAAACAGGAGGGGAAGUGAGAGGCACAUUGGUAAACACAGGAUAAAAUCAACUCUACAUUCAUUUAUAGUUCUUCUCUAGUCUCAGCCCUAAUGCUACCUCUUUUAUGAAGUCUUCCUGAGGAAUUACUAGGUUCACCAUCUCUUCUGCUCACCCCAGGACUGUGUACUGACCACCCCUAGGUACUCUGAUGUAACCUCACCGUCUCUCCCCGCCGGCCCACAACCGCCCACCCCGCCACCUCCCGCCACGACUGUCAGCUGCCUAGGGGCAAGGACAGCCCUCUUUCAUCUUUGCGUUCUCUGGCACUGCGCCUAGGCCGUAACUGGUGCUCGGAAAACAUUUGCUGGAAGGAUGGAUGGUGGCCUUCUCUGCUGGUCUCAAAGCGGUAAAGAAUCUGCCGCAAUACGUAAGACCCGGGUUUGAUUCCUGGGUCAGGAAGAUCCCCUUGAGGAAGGAAUGACAACCCACUCCAGUAUUCUUGCCUGGGAAAUCCCAUGGACCCAGGAGCCUGGCGGGCUACGACGCAUAGGGUCGCGCAAAGAGUCGGACACGGCUGAGUGAAUAACACUUUCACUUCACCCCUUUCCGCGAUUCUCCCAGUAUUCUUCCCUCGGACAGAGACCCACAGGGCAGUGAGGGCCGGAGAUCCCACCGGGCUCGGCUCGCAGAGCAUUCGCAAGUUGUACCGCUCCUUCUUCGUGGCAGUUAAGACACCUUAGAGCUCUCCGUGUUGUGUUACGGAAGUGCAGAGACGGGACCGGAAGAGGCGGGGCGAGUGGACCAUUCGCUUCCGGUACCAAGGUGCCUGGGCUGGAGUGGCGGAGAGUUGAAGUCAGGGGUUCUUCAGCGUUGAGCCUUCUGGUGGGUUGUCCGCGCAGCCGGAGGCCGUAGAGCGGAUUCGCUCCGGCUCCGGGAAGCUCCGAGGCGUCGCAACUGGCGCAUAGGCCCCGGGGCCCGCCGGCUGCGCCAUGGUCCAGCUCAAUCCUUGGAAAGGUCUACUCCGUUCUGAGUGAUAAAGAACAGAGAACAUUAUACGAUGAACAGGGAACAGUGGACGAGGAUUCUGAUGUGCUCAGCCAAGACCGGGACUGGGAGGCCUAUUGGAGAUUACUC